AUGCCCGCCCUCGCCUGCCUGUGCCAAUCACGCCGCGGUGCCUGGCGAUCCACACACGCAGACGCCGCGCCACAGACACCAGCUGCCCACGGCCACCACGGCCACGAGAAUGCAAAUGGCCGCUGUGCUCAUGAUGCUUGCGGCCAUGUACGUACCGAUGAUGCCAAUGACGAUGCCAUGAUGGGCCGACGCGCCAUGCACGAUGCGCGACGCCGCGAGCAAACACCAUGGUUCCCUCUCUCCAACUCUCUUUCCCUCUCGCCCGCACUAUCGCCCGCCACACCCGCCUGUCUCGCCCCGACGCCAUGCCCGGCCGAUGACAUGUGCGGCUCUAGCCUGCCCCCAAACCGUCGUCCAAGCGAGUCAACUUCAUCACGCAUCCCGGCAGAGAUCGCACUCAUCUGUUCAGGUAAAACGGCUUUGAUGCACCCCUGGGUUCAUUUUGACAUGUUCCUCACGCUGCCGAGGCCGUCGUCGUCCAUGUCGCGUGCAAAAUCUCCACCAUGGCGCGAACCGCCAGCGGGCGUGCUGACAGCUAUUCACACGCCCAGUGCACUACCAAGGCCGAGAGCCGGCGCUGGGCACGACUCUAUGCAUUUGCCCUGUGCAAGACGGCAGCCAGGCCAGCAACCCGGCCAGCAGGCCAGCAACCACGCCAGCAGCCUGCGCCACGCACCUACACGGCCACGCCUACCCCUCGUCCCUACUUGCCACGAGGCGCCGUCGCCGCCCUAUGCUUACUACCCUGCGGCGCUGCAUUCUCUUGCUGCUAGUGUAUACGCUCUUCAUGCAUACCACAGUCAACCAAUGCGCGCGCUUGGUUCGCAGCGGCACGGUCGCCCCUGCCACAAUUCCCCCCCACCCCACCCGCACGUGCUUGUGCUUGUCACAACCCACUGCCCUCUCUGGCCGCUCACCCACGCCCCCUUCGCCGCCACACUGGCCGCCCGGUCUCGACGGGCCAACGCCCUCUUUUCGUGA